UUUGAGCACUAGGUCGUCACAGUAUUUGUAAGUUUUGUUAUUUUGUUUCACUUUGUAAUUAAUGAUGUGGAACUCAAUUCCAAGAUCGUGACACAAUGUGAAUUAUUUUUCCUGCUGCCAAAUGGCUAAUCUAAUCGUCUUGAAAAUCGUAGAAUAAAUUCAUCUAGGCUUCAGAUGUUUUAAAGUUGUAUUCCUGGUUGCAAAGUAACAGUAGACAAGCCCAUAGACAUGACGGACCGUCACAGUCCGGUCUGUGUCAGUGACGUGGAGUUAAGUUUUCUUUAGGACCCUGCAGACGGGAGUUAAUCAUUUCAACGAAUGGCACCUGUUCGAUUCAAAGGGGAAAUCGGGAGGCCACAGUGUUGGUGCAAGUAUAUCCUUUUCGCGCGGAGUAAAAUAAACUUUUAAAAUGAUUACCUACGUCCAUCUAUCUUAUUUGCAAUACUAAAUAAAGAGCGUCGCAAAGCCGUCUCUUCAAAUUUGUGAACAGGUUCCAAGCAGCGAGCCAUUUCGCAUUGCCCCACCACCAUGCGUCUGUUCCUGCGUCGGCGCAUGUCCCUCCUGAAGCUGGCCCUGGCUGGGGGGACUCUGUUUAUGGUUGUCCUUGUCGUCCUCCAGAAAGACGUGGGCUUCAGCUCCAACUCUGUCCAGGACCCCUGGUUCCAAGACCUGGUGGAACGCAAGGAGAGAGUGCUGGUGAUGGUCCGAGGAGCAGUCAACAACCUGGGCUUCCAGAUUGGAGCUCCCCAGCCUCCACCGGUGGAGGAGCAGCAGGCCACCUCAGACCGCAACUGUCCUCCAGGUCACUACACCCAAGCAGAGUUGAAGCCAGUCCUGGAGAGGCCCCAACAGGACCCCCAGGGGCCCGGGGCAGAUGGGACAGGCUAUGAGAAAGACAAGAUGACACCAGAGGAGGAGAAAGAGAAGGAAGAUGGGAUGGCUGUUAACUGUUUCAACCAGUUCUCCUCCGACAGGAUCUCCCUCAGCCGUAGCCUAGGAGACGACACCCGGCCACCAGAGUGUGUGGAGCGUAAAUUCCGUCGCUGUCCUCCUCUCCCCACCACCAGUGUAAUCAUAGUGUUCCACAAUGAGGCCUGGUCCACCCUGCUGCGUACCGUCUACAGCGUCCUCCACACCUCCCCUGCUGCCCUGCUCACUGAGAUCAUCAUGGUGGACGACGCCAGCACUGCAGAGCACCUGGGGACUCGGCUGGAUGAGUAUGUGAAACAGCUGAAUAUAGUGAAGGUGGUGAGACAGCAGGAGAGGAAGGGCCUGAUCACAGCCAGGCUCCUGGGGGCCAGGGGGGCACUGGGACAAACACUCACCUUCCUGGACGCACACUGUGAGUGUUUCCAUGGCUGGCUGGAGCCCCUGCUUGCUCGUAUCGUAGAGGAGCCCACGGCCGUGGUCAGCCCAGAGAUCACCACCAUCAACCUGAAUAACUUUGCCUUCAAAAAGCCUGUAGCCACCGCUAAGGCCCAGAACAGAGGGAACUUUGACUGGAGCCUCACCUUCGGCUGGGAGGGCAUCCCCGAGCAGGAGAGGAACAGACGCAAAGACGAGACCUACCCCGUCAAAACUCCAACGUUUGCCGGUGGGCUCUUCUCCAUCUCCAAGAAGUAUUUUGAACACAUUGGGACGUACGAUGACAAGAUGGAGAUCUGGGGGGGUGAGAAUGUGGAGAUGUCCUUUAGGGUGUGGCAGUGUGGGGGCCAGCUGGAGAUCAUUCCGUGUUCUGUGGUUGGUCACGUGUUCCGUACCAAGUCCCCCCACACCUUCCCUAAAGGCACUGAGGUCAUCACACGGAACCAGGUACGAUUAGCCGAGGUCUGGAUGGACGACUACAAACGCAUCUACUACCGACGCAACAGCAACGCUGCCAAGAUGGCCAAAGAGAAAGGGUUUGGUGACAUCUCAGAGCGUGUGAAUCUGAGGGAGAGCCUACAUUGUAAGAACUUCACCUGGUAUUUGAAUAAUAUCUACCCCGAGAUGUUCGUACCAGACCUCACCCCGACCAAGUUUGGAGCGAUUAAGAACUCUGGCACUCAGAGCUGUCUGGAUGUAGGAGAAAACAACCAAGGAGGAAAGCCACUGAUCAUGUACACCUGCCACAACAUGGGGGGCAAUCAGUACUUUGAGUAUACAUCCCAUAAGGAGCUGCGUCACAACAUAGGGAAGCAGCUGUGUCUGCAGGCCAACCCCCAGCCAGACCAGGUUAAGAUAGAGCUCUGUACACUGAAGGGUCAAGGGACCAGCGUGGCGCCACAACAGGAGUGGGUCUUUACAGAGGAGAAUCUCCUCCAGAACCCAGCCAGUGGAAAAUGCUUACUCCUGAUAGGGAGCCAGAUAGUGAUGUACUACUGCAACACUGCUGAUCUCAACCAGCACUGGACAUUCAGUUGACCUCCCUGAACUUUAACCCCUGACCUUAACCAUAAUUAAAGCUUGUACUGGACCUUGACCCCUAUACCAGCCCAUCCACCCAUAGACUCAGGGUCAAGAAGGAAGGGCCAGUGCCAGCUGAGGACAACAGGACAGGAACAUAUGCCACUGAGAACACAACAUUGCUGACUUGAGAGGAAUGAACUGGUAGAACAUAGAGUACUGCCUACCUAUGUGAAUGAGCUCAGGAUUUAACCUCUAACUGUUUGAACUAUAUUUAUGAUGGAGACUCAGGAAUGAAGGUUGAAGGGGGUCUGGUUCCUUCUCGUGGUGGGGGGGAACUGAACACUGCAGCCUGGGUUGUGUUCAGUAGGGGGAAAUAUUUCGAAGCGGAGUGAAACUGGGAUCUCCACUCCUACCUGAACUUGUCCAAUGAGAACACAGAUUUUUGUUGCAAAACCUUUUGCUACGGUAUACCCUACUAAACAUGACCCUGAACUGGCAGGCAGCGAUAUGAUCUAUGUCCAGACAUGUCCAUCACUGACCACUAGGAUCUUAACACAGAAGUUCCUUUUCUUUAUACUCCAGAUUUUAAAUAAUUGUUUUGUUUGUCUAAUUUACACUAUGUUUGUCAGGAAAUUAAUGUAGACAUUGUGAAUGUUGUUGCUGUGACAAUGCAAAUAUCUGCCAAAGGGAGAGGUGUAAAAAAAAAUAAAAAAAUGUUUUAUUUUAUUUGUCAUAGUAAACUGACAUACUGUAUGUUCCUUACAGGAUAUACCAGAGGUAAAGGGAUAUUCAAAAUCAUGACAAAUAUUCCUAUUAACAUAUGAAGGAUUGGAAUGGAAAUGGAAUGAGUACUUUUGGGGGGUUUUAAUUUAGGUUAAUUCUUGAUUUAUUAACAUGCCUUUAAUAAGACUUGUGAUAUCAACUUUACCCAUCUUUUGGCCACAUUAGAUGAAUAAAAACAAGAAGAUUGUGUAUUACA